ACAGAGGAACACAUUGGCUCCUACGCACUUCCUCUGGUUUAGGAAGGCAAGGCCCUGAAUAAGAAUGAUAAGACGAUCAUUCCAAAAGGACAGAUCCUGAUGAUUCUCUCUGGGGCCUCCAGCAAAGGAACGCAUCAUUCAAGAACCAUAGCAGCUUCAAGAUCUGUUCUAAUGAUGUGCCUUUCAUUGUCUGACACCUUAGUGCACCUGCACACAGAUCUUCACUUCAUCCCAAGCUUUAUGGACACUAAUGAUGACCCUGAUGAAGAUCAUCUUACAAGUUACGACAUUCAGCUCAGUAUUCAAGAAUCCAUUGAAGCCAGCAAGACUGAAUUUUAUCACGAAAGAUUUGUAGCACUAAGUGAUCAAAACAGAAAACUAGUAGAGGCCAUAAAACAAGGUCACAUUCUUGAGCUCCAGGAGUAUGUGAAAUAUAAACAUGCGUUAGAUGAAGCUGAUGAAAAAGGAUGGUUUCCAUUGCAUGAAGCUGUUGUUCAACCCAUUCAACAAAUACUUGAAAUUGUUCUGGAUGCAUCCUAUAAGACACUCUGGGAGUUCAAGACCUCUGAUGGGGAAACACCCUUGACUUUGGCAGUCAAAGCUGGUCUGGUGGAAAAUAUAAGAACUUUACUAGAAAAGGGAAUAUGGCCAAACACCAAGAAUGACAAAGGAGAGACACCUCUUCUGAUUGCUGUAAAAAAGGGCUCCUAUGACAUGGUGUCUGCUCUGCUCAAAUACAACACCAGCCUCGACCAGCCCUGUGUCAAGCGGUGGUCGGCAAUGCAUGAAGCAGCCAAGCAAGGCCGCAAAGAUCUCAUCGCUCUGCUGCUGAAGCACGGAGGCAAUGUCCACCUGAGAGACGGGUUUGGAGUCACACCAUUAGGUGUGGCUGCUGAGUACGGUCACUGUGAUGUGUUGGAACACCUAAUCCACAAAGGGGGUGAUGUGUAUGCUUUGGCGGAUGAUGGGGCGUCGGUGCUGUUUGACGCGGCAGGAGGAGGUAAUCCUGACUGCAUUUCUCUCCUGCUGGAAUAUGGAGGAAGUGGAAAUGUGCCUAACAGAGCAGGGCAUCUUCCCAUACACCGAGCUGCCUACGAGGGACAUUAUCUUGCACUGAAAUAUCUUAUCCCAGUAACGUCCAAAAACGCAAUCCGGAAAAGUGGGCUAACACCAAUUCAUUCAGCAGCAGAUGGGCAAAAUGUACAGUGCCUGGAACUGCUCAUUGAAAAUGGUUUUGAUGUCAAUGCCCUGCUUGCUGACCACAUUUCUGAGAGCUAUGACGACGAGAGGAAGACUGCGCUCUAUUUUGCUGUUUCUAACAAUGAUAUCCGUUGCACAGAAGUCCUUCUGAAUGCAGGUGCAGACCCAAACUUAGAUCCCCUCAACUGUCUACUUGUGGCUGUGAGGGCCAAUAAUCAUGAAAUUGUCCGGCUGCUUCUCACCCAUGGAGCUAAUGUCAACUGUUAUUUUAUGCAUGUGAAUGACACUCGUUUCCCCAGUGCCAUUCAGUAUGCCCUAAAUGAUGAGGUAAUGUUGAGGCUGUUGCUGAAUAAUGGCUAUCAAGUGGAGCUCUGCUUUGAGUGCAUGCACGGGGACAUCUUUGGGAAUUCAUUUGUGUGGUCAGAGAUAGAGGAAGAGGUACUGCCGGGAUGGACCUCUUGUGUAAUAAAGGAUAACCCGUUCUGUGAGUUUAUUACAGUUCCUUGGAUGAAACACUUGGCAGGCAGCGUUAUUCGUGUAUUAAUAGAUUACAUGGAUUAUAUCCCCCUGUGUGCUAAACUCAAGUCUGCACUGGAAGUACAGAGAGAAUGGCCAGAAAUCCGUCAAAUACUAGAGAACCCUCGCUCAUUAAAGCAUUUGUGUCGGUUAAAAAUCCGAAGACUUAUGGGACUCCAGCGACUCUGCCAGCCAGCCUCAAUGAAGAAACUUCCUCUCCCUCCAAGAAUUCAAAGAUACAUAUUAUUUAAAGAGUAUGAUCUCUAUGGACAGGACCUAAAAUUGCCAUAAUUUAAAA